CUCUUUUCACAGAAAGCUGAAUUGAUUCUAGUUUGAGGCUUCGACAUGAACGAAGAUCACAUCAAGAGUGCUGUGGCGUUCUUGCGAGAUCCAAAUGUCUCUGGCUCGCCGUUAACGAAGAAAGUGGAAUUCCUUGAAGCUAAAGGACUUACGCAAGAGGAAAUUGAAGAAUCUUUGAGAAGAAUCUCAGAAGGUUCUACCAAUAACUCUGUGGCUCCUACUUAUGACAAUAACAGCAAUGUCAACAGUAGUAACGCUUCUUUGCCCCCUAUUGACUACUACAAUGUGGCACCACCUGUUCCUGAGAGAUCUUGGAAAGAUUACUUCAUUAUGGCUACAGCCACUGCUGGAGUUUCCUAUGGAUUAUACCAGGUGGUCACACGGUACUUGAUUCCAUCGAUCAUUCCUCCUUCACAGGCUUCUAUAGAGAAAGAUAAGGAGACGAUCGAGGAAGAGUUCAUCAAGAUCGACAAGAUUUUGGAGCAGUUGAGUGCAGACCAGGAACAAAUCAAAACCGACAACGAGGCCAAGUUAAAGGAAAUCGACGUCGUGAUAGACAACGUCAACGACUUCCUCAGUAGAUACAAUAAGGACAAGUUGAAGUUUGACGACGACUUACGCUUGAUGAAGUUGGAAAUAGACAACCUAAGCAACAGCAUCGAAAAGAACAUGAACCAGACCAAAUCCAGUGUAAAGGAUGAGUUGACUGAAAUCAACGAAGAAUUGCAAUCGUUGAAAAACUUGAUCACGGCUAGAAGCAACAGUGGUGCUCUGGCUAAUGGCGGAGCCGAUAGAAAGAUAGCCCCAGUUUCUGCCAUUCCUUCAGCUUCUGAAAUCUUGAAGAGAGCCAAAGCCAAAGCUAUGGAGUCCGACUCUUCUGCCUCUUCUUCUUCCUCCGCUCAAACUGCUGCUCCAGAACCCGAACCUGUAACUGUAGCUGAGUCGAAGCAGGAACUGCCCAAGUUUGAUUCUCUGAACACUGUAGGUGCUGUCACCGUAGAUGGUGUGACUGCCGCUGGAAUUCCUGCUUGGCAAAUGAGUCACAGAGAACAAGAACUUGGAGCUUCUUCAAGCGAUACUCCUUCGUGGCAAACCCCUUCCGCGGGCGCAGCUCUUGAGGACAACAGUGAAGAAUUGAAAAAGAAAAUUGCUUCUGUAGGUGUCCCUUCGUGGCAGUUGAACGCUGGAAGUUCUGCUCCUUCUGCCUUGGAAAACCAGCCCAAGGAGUCCAGCGCCGGGAUUCCCUCGUGGCAAGUGAAUGCCCAGUAA